CCGGUUUCUUGUCUCGUCUUCUCUCCUCGCCUCGCCUCGUCGCCACCUCCACCCCCACGCGCCGCAGUCAACUCCUCCCCCCACCCCACCUACGCAUUUCGGCGAACACCUCGCCUCCAUGGCGGCGCCGCGGUGAGUAGACGAAGCAGGCAUCUCAUCUCCCAUCCCAUGGCGCUGCGGGCGCGGUUGAGGCGGUUGCUGGUGGUGGUGAUCCUCGUCGUGGUGGAGGUGGUGGUGGCGCAGCAGCAGCAGCAGGAGAGGUUGGCGUCGGGGUCGGAUUUGGCGGGGCUGUUCAGCCUGCGGGCGUCGCUGGGGAUACGGGCGAGGGAGUGGCCGGCGAGGGUGGACCCGUGCGGUGGCGGGUGGGCCGGGGUCACCUGCCGCGGGGGGCGCGUCGUCGGGGUCACCGUCGCCGGGUUCCGCCGCACGCGGGUGGGCGCACGGGCGCCGAGGUUCGCCGUCGACGGGGUGAGGAACCUCACGGCGCUGGAGGUGUUCAAUGCCUCCGGGUUCCCGCUCCCGGGGGAGAUGCCGGCGUGGUUCGGGCGCGGCCUCCCGCCGCCGCUCGCCGUGCUCGACCUCCGCUCCGCCGCGGUCAAUGGCACGCUCCCGCCCGAUCUCGGCGUGUCAGGGAACCUCACGAGCUUGCUCCUCUCGGGAAACAGCCUCUCCGGCGCCGUGCCGGGGUCGCUGCUGUCUGUCGCCGGGCUUCGGUUUCUUGACCUCUCCGGCAACAAUUUCACCGGCGGGCUGCCGAAUGUCACCCCCGUCGCCGGUGGUGGAGCCGCCUCGCUGUUCAACGUUUCUGGGAAUUCGCUGUAUGGUGUGGUCAGCGAUGCCAUUGGGGCCCUCAAGGGGAGGUUCCAGGUGGUGGACCUGUCAAGCAACUACUUCGAUGGGGUUUGGAAUGUGUCUGAUGGAAAUGUAGAUGUUAGGAUGAAUUGCUUCUCCGGUGCGCCAGGUCAGCGCAACCGUGUUGAUUGUGAAGAGUUCUAUAGGAGGGCAGGGGUGAGGCUUGGUGAUGCUCUAGCUCCCGCACCUUCGCCGGAGACAUCACCGGGGACGACGACGAAGAAUAAUAACAGUAGGAUAUCCAAGGGUGUACUGAUUGGAGUUAUUGCUGCCGCGGCAACGCUGAUGGUUGUGUUUUUUGGUGCAUUGGUAUUCUGCUUGGCAAGGCAGAAGGCGGGAAGAAGAGGCGCACGCGGGAGAGGGGUGGAUACAAAUGAGGAAAGCACACGUGGCGUGCGCAGGAGGGAUAGUAGUGUAAACCCGGUGACAUCACCACCAGUAGCAGUGUCCCCAAGUGCCAAUUCUGGACAUAAGGAUCCGGUUGUUGUUUCCGGUGAAUUUACCUUUGAGCAGUUGGUCCAUGCCACAGGCGGGUUUGGAGAUGACAACCUCCUCAAGCAUGGGCACUCUGGGGAUAUUUACCAUGGUGUCUUUGAGAGUGGAUCCCAGGUUGUUGUCAAGAAGGUCAACGCACAGAGCGUCAACAAGCAUGCAGGUGAAUUGGACUUCUAUAAAAUGUAUUCCCAUGAGAGGAUUGUUCCGUUGCUCGGACAUUUGGCAAAGGAUGAAGAGGAAUUUAUGGCUUACAAGUAUAUGCCUAAGGGGGACUUGACCAAUGCAUUGCACAAGAAACCUGUGGACACAGAAGAUGGCUUGCCAUCAUUGGAUUGGAUAACAAGACUGAAGAUUGCAACAGGUGUGGCUGAGGCCAUGUGCUUCCUUCACGAUGAGUGCCGCCCGCCAUUAGUCCACAGAGAUAUCCAAGCAACUAGCGUUCUUCUUGAUGAUAAAUUUGAAGUGCGACUUGGGAGUAUGAGUGAUGUAUGUGCCCAGCAAAGUGGGGGAAGCCAGAGUGUCUUCUCUCGGUUGUUGAGAUCAUCAAGGUCGCUUGAUAAGAACAUAUCAGGCCCACCAGCAACUUGUUCUUAUGAUGUUUACUGCUUUGGAAAGGUGAUGCUUGAACUAGUAACAGGCAACUUUGGUGUAAGUGGAUCAAACGAUGCUGCCUCCGAAGAGUGGAUGACAAACACACUAAACCGCAUCGACAUGAACGACAAGGAGAGCAUUUCUAGGAUCAUCGAUCCUUUGCUUAUUGUCGACGAGGAUCAUCUCGAAGAGGUGUGGGCCAUGGCAAUCGUCGCGAAGACAUGCCUGAAUUCAAAGCCAUCAAGGCGGCCUUCUGCUCGGUACGUUCUGAGAGCCCUGGAGAACCCGCUAAAGAUUCUGCGAAUGGCGUCCCGCUCCAAUUCAGCAAGACUCAGGAGCUCAUCAUCCCGGAGCUCCUGGCAGUCUGCUUUCCUUCAAGGAAACCGGUACCAGAGCCUUGAAACCGCGUCGUCGUCAGGGCAAAUGCUUGACAGGAAACAUUCAACUAGAUCACAUGGAAGCGGAGGAGAGACUUCCUUCUCCUUCAAGAGGGCUUCCAGGGAGAUUGCUCCGGAGCCAGAAGGGUUCGAGGAGAAUGUUGUCGUGUAGAACUGAAAUUACACCGAUUCUUUCGAAGAAUUUGUGAUUCAUUCAUACCUGUGUAUAAUCUGAUCUUCUGAUGAGCAUGAUUCGGGGUCUCGAAGUGAGAAUUGUGCAUAUAGAGAAGUUUUCGGGGUUUUUAUUUCUCUUUUUUUUUUCCUUCAUAUGUUGGAGAAUUGUUUUGGUUUACUGAACGCAUGGUACUUGAUGUUCUCAUUGUGCACAUAACAUUUACCCUUUUUUUUCCCUUAUCAUAUCAAGCAGCAAGCUCUUUUACCGUA